AUGGAGUGGCCUUUUCUGAGGAAGAUGUUGGUGGCGUUGGGCUUUGCAUAUGGGUGGGUUAAGUUAAUCAUAGAAUGUGUUACCACAAUAUCUUAUAACAUUAUGAUUAAUGGUGUGAAUGGUGGACAUGUUAUCCCAUCUAGAGGACUGAGGCAUAGAGAUAUCCUUUCUCCUUACCUGUUUAUUAUCUAUGUUGAGGGCCUCUCUCUUCUAUUACAGCAGGCUCAAUAUUUGGGUUCCAUUCAUGGAUGUCGAGUUGCUAGGGGUGCCCUAGCAAUCUCACAUUUAUUUUUUGUAGAUGAUAGCUUGCUUUUCUUUAAAGCCAAUGCCCUGGAGGCUGGAGUGAUUAAGCAGUGCUUUCAUACUUAUGAAUGCUUAUCUGGUCAAACUGUCAAUUUUCAUAAAUCCAAUCUGCUUGGCGUCUCUAAAGCAACGAAUUUUGGAAAAUAUUUGGGUAAAGAGGUUCUUCUUAAGAGUGUAGUUCAGGCUAUGCCCACUUUUUCUAUGAGUGUCUUUUUGUUGCCUGACUCAUUGUGUAAAGUAUUAGAGCGUGUUAUGAAUCGAUUUUGGUGGGGUUCAGGAGGAUCUACUAAGAGGGGUAUCCAUUGGAUGGCUUGGGAUCGCUUGUGUAUCCCGAAAAAGUUUGGUAGCCUGGGGUUCAAGGAUCUCUGUGCGUUUAAUCUAGCUAUGUUGUGGAAACAAGGAUGGAGAUUUCUCACGAAGCCUCAGUCUCUUGCAUCCCGUAUUUAUAAAGCACGGUAUUUUCUUAAUUCUUCUUUUAUUGAUGCUACAUUGGGGAAUCGUCCUAGUUUUUGUUGGAGGAGUAUCAUGGCCUCCCAUACCCUUAUCUAUAGUGGGGUCAGAUGUAGAAUUGACAAUGGGACCUCAAACUUGGUAUGGGGUGAUCCGUGGUUGUCGGGUGAUCCUAACCCUAUGGUCCAAUCCUUAAUGCCACCUCAUCUUAGCGGCACCACAGUAGCUGGCUUGAUUGACCAGAUUGUUCAGACCUAUGAUGUUCCUUUACUUCAUGAGAUUUUCUUGCCCACUGAUAUUGGCCGCAUCUUACGUUUGCCUCUAAGUCCCACUUAUGAAGAUUCAUGGUUUUGGUAUGGGGACCCUAAAGGCUGCUAUUCUGUCAUAAUCUUUGUCACAAUUUGA